GCGUAGGCUUUUGGAGUUCUGGUGCUGCUAAUGCGGAAGGUCCGAUCUUUCUGGUCGGAAGAAGAAAUUUCAGGGUGGCUUUGGUCUCCACAGAGAAAGGAAGUCUGAGGAAGAAUGGCCAGCUCUAAUUGUCAGGACAUGGUCUGUGGGUCAGUGACAUUUAGGGAUGUGACUGUUGACUUCUCUCAGGAGGAGUGGGCCUGCCUGGAUGCUACUCAGAAGGUCUUAUACAGGGACAUGAUGUUGGAGACCUACAGCAACCUGGUCGCAGUGGUGGGAAGUUGCAUUUCCAAGCCAGCUCUGAUCGUCUUACUAGAGCAGGAGAAAGAGCCCUGGAUGGCUGUGAAGGAAGAAACAGACAGGCUGAGCCCAGGUUUGGAGACAGAUUAUGAUGCUGGAAGUAUAUCUCCAGAAAAUUCUACUAGUAAUGGAAAAUGUCCCAAACAGAGCAUAAAGCAGUUAAGUAGAAUUCUUGAUCUCGAGGGCUCUACUUUUAGUAAUGGCCACAACUAUAGUACAUUCAGUGUACUACAGGGUUAUCAAGGAGGAGAUACUGGUCAAAAGGUUACUAACAAGGAAGGAAUGCCUCCUUAUACCUGCCAGACUCUUGCUCACAACAUAGAAAAACCAUAUGAGUGUAAAGAGUGUGGGAAGUGCUUCGAUUGUAGUUCAACUCUCACUCAGCAUCAGAGUGUUCACACUGGAGAGAAGCCCUAUGAGUGUAAGGAGUGUGGGAAGGCCUUCAGACUCCCCCAACAGCUCACAAGACAUCAGAANUCUCACAGUGGUGAGAAACCUUUCNAGUGUAAUGAAUGUGGGAAGGCUUUUCAUCUUCCUGACCUGCUNAANUANCAUAAANNCAUUCAUNCAGGUNNAAANCCAUUUGAAUGCAGNGAAUGUGGGAAGUCCUUCAACCGUGUCUCUAACCUUGUUGAACAUAGGCUUAUUCAUGCUGACGUGAAACCAUAUGAAUGUAACGAGUGUGGGAAAGCCUUUAAACGACACAAAAGCCUCAUGCAACAUCAGAAAAUUCAUUCUGGUGAGAGACCCUUUCAGUGCCAUGAAUGUGGGAAGGCCUUCAUUGUUCUGACUCAUCUCACUAGGCACCAGACUAUUCAUACUGGAGAGAAGUCAUUUGAGUGCAAGGAAUGUGGCAAGAAAUUCAGAACUGCCACACAUCUUGUUCAGCACCAGAGUAUUCAUACUGGUGAGAAACCCUUUGAAUGCAAUGUGUGUGGGAAGGCUUUUCGGCUUCAGAUAUAUCUUUCUGAGCAUCAGAAAACUCACAUGGAAGCGAAACUCUUUGAAUGCAAUAUAUGUGGGAAGGUCUUUAAGCUUCAGGUAUACCUUUCUGAGCAUCAGAAAACUCACACUGAAGAAAAACCCUUCAAGUGUAAGCUCUGUGGGUCAGCCUUCAGAAGUAGGUACCAACUUAGUAAGCAUCACACAAUUCAUACUGACGAGAAACCCUAUCAGUGCAAGGAGUGUGGGAAAUGCUUUCGUCAAAGGUCCAAUUUUACUGAUCACCAGAGUAUUCACACUGGGAAAAAACCUUUCCAAUGUAAAGAGUGUGGGAAAUUUUACAGGCUUAAUACACUUCUCAUUCGUCAUCAGAAAUCUCACAGUAGUGAGAGACCUUAUGAUUGUAAAGAAUGUGGAAAGGCUUUCCAUCUCCCCAGUGAACUUAAUAACCAUCAAAUUGUUCAUACAAAUAAGAGACCCUUUGAAUGCAAGGUAUGCGGGAAGUCCUUCAAGCGUGAAUCCACUCUCAUUCAACAUAUGGCCAUUCAUGCUGGUGUGAAAUCAUAUGAAUGUAAAGAAUGUGGGAAAGCUUUUAUUCACCGCUCAAGCCUAUUGCACCAUCGGAAAAUUCAUUCUGAUGAGAAGCCUUUUAAGUGUCAGGAGUGUGGAAAGGCCUUCGUUGUUCUGGCGUACCUCAUUCGGCACCAGAGCAUCCAUACUGGAGAGAAACCAUUUGAAUGUCGGCAGUGUGGGUCAGCCUUCAGAUAUAAGUCCCAACUCAGUAAACAUCAGAGAAUUCAUAGUGAUGUGAAACUCUUUCAGUGCAUGGAAGGUGGAAAUGACUUUGUUCAUGGACUAGACCUUAGAAUUCAUCAGGAAAUUCAUACUAGUGAGACUCCCUUUCAAUGUAAUGAAUAUGGGGAGCCCUUUCAUAAUCAUAACCAAUUUCUUGGACAUGUUAGACUUCGUACUGGUAGGAAACCCUAUCACUGUAAGGAAUGUGGAAAGAGCUUCAGUUUGAGCUUAGGCCUUCUUUAACAUAAAAGAACCCAUGCUGGUGUCAAUCACUAUGAAUGCAAGGAAUGUGGGAACAUUUAUAGAAUUAGCUCAAACUCUUCAGAGAGUUCAUUGAGGUUUGAAACCAUGUGAAUGAGAAGAAUCAGGAAAACUCUUUAUUGUAAAUGGUGAGUUUAGACAUCAUCAGAAAAUCUGUAAUAGCCAGGAGUCCUAUUCGUGUAAGGAAGAUGGACAAGCCAUUGUAUGAAAAUGUUACUGAACAUCAGGGUCCUCAUAUUGGGAAUACUAUGACUUAAAAUAAUGUGGGAAUUUUAAUCUGCCCUGGAUAUGGUGAAUAUUGGUGUAUUCUAUACUGUUAAUGCCAAGAAGCUCUUUAGAAUGAGAAUGUGGGAAGUGGGUUGAUAAGAGUAAAUACUUUGUUGAGAUUUUCAUGUCAGAAAUCCAGGGUAGUGAUCAUUUUCUUGAUUUACUCUCCUCUUGUUAGUUGUAUAAAUUUUAUUCACCAAUCAUUAAUCAUCCAGGAUAAUCAAUUUAGGGAUAAUAGUUAUUGGAACUGAGUAUUUGGUUAGUUCCCAUGGUCUGUAAAAGCGUUUUUAAAGUUUUCUCCUUUUAUCAACAUUAGUAUAACUGACAUGAAAGGUUAAUUGUACUUUAGAUAGUUUGGGAAAGUCUCAUGCUUUUACUCACUGUUACACUUUAAAUAACAAUUCUGGAUACAUUUAAUGGAUGAACAUGAAAGGAUUUGAAUUGUUCCCCAUUCCUUAAGUAUUUGUGUGGACAUUUUUAAAAAUCAGUCAUUUAUGAAUAAGUACUUUCUAAAGGGGUGAAACCCAUAAAAAUUUCAGGGUGUAAAACUCUAUAAUUCAACCCCUUCUGCCCACAUGUGAAGAUAAAGUAUACAUUUUUGAUAGGACAAGCAAGUCCCCAGGCUCCUCCAUCUCUUUUUCUUGCUAAGACCAUUUUAGGUUUGACUAAAAUUUGACUAGAAUUUCCUUGAUGGAGAAUAUUGUGGAAAAUUGUCCAACUCUACUUAGAGACUGGAGUUUAAAUAGCUUCUGAUAAUUUAACCUAUCUUCUGUUAAGUGCCCUGUGUGUUUAAACCUCUCCCUCCAGCUAUAUGCUUAUUUUUGGCUAAUUUUAAACUACUUGCUUGUCCAAAAGCUCCCCCUGUAGCUCCUGAAAAGGAUGGUAAUAGGAUGUGUGUUUUCCUCUAAAUGCCAGGGCCGUUCCUGGGUUCCAAAUGCACGGAUGUACUCAGAGCGGGCUGCAAUAAAGACUUUUCAUUUUGAAGUAAACUGUCUGAAUGGUCUUCUCUUGUGGGCUCCCUAUAGUGCAUUAACAAAAAUAGCCAAAUUGAAACCACUUAUAAAAAUGUUGGAAAAUUUUUAUCCAUAUGAAAA